UGUGUGUGUGUGUGUGUGUGUGUGUGUGUGUGUGUGUGUGUGUGUGUGUGUAGACGGCAGCGCAGCCGAAAAACACUCAACAUCUCUAAAGAACGAGAAGAAGAAAUCAGAAAGAUUCUGCGAGCAAACCUGCAGAAGACACGACAAAGAUUGCGCUCAUACAGCCGUCACACACUGAUGCCCGACGCCGAGGACGACUGGAGCGAGACACGUCUUAAGAAGCAGCGCGAGGAGAUGGAGAGACGGAUGAGCCACUUUCUGACGGUUCCUGCUCCUCCGGUGAGAAAGCUGGAGUCAGGAGAGCGUCUCAGAUCCGGCUCCUUCUUCUUCUCUGAGCGUGUCAGUGCUGGAGAUGAGAGCAUCAGACGUAAGCCCAGCGUGGUCAAGUUCUCUCUGGAGGAGAAGAAGCCUCAUCGAGGUCCAGAGCAUCUUCUGGAGGAGGACGAGGAGCUUAUCCAUCACAGACCCUGAACAUGUCUGUGUGUGAGAGACUCCUGAGCGUUAUGUAUUGUAGAUGAAGAAGCUCAAUUGUAGGAGAGUUUUUAUUGAGACAAUCAGAAGAGCAUCCAAAGUCUUGUGCUGUCAUUUAUUUACACUACUGUUCACCAGUUGGGGGCAGAGUUUUUAUAUUUAUACUGAAAUAAAAUUAAUUUCUUCAUAAAUGAUACAUUAAAUUCGACAUGUGAGCACUGUUACAGUAGAUUUCUAUUUCAAAUAAAUGCCGUUCUGUUGAACUUUCUAUUCAUCUGUGAAUCCUGACAAAUAAAAGUUUUCAGUUUUCAGUAAA